AUUUGUUCACGAGCUCUUCCUGUAAAUGGUUCCGCUGUGCUGUGAUUCGCGCGUGUAUGUGUAUUGUCUUUCUCGUUGAAUUAUGUUUUAGAUAUUUAAAAAAAAAGAGAGAGAUUUCGCUUCUGACAAUAUUAAGGGCGUUAAAUAGCAAGGCACUGAUUCAUAUUAAGCGUGACUUUCAGUUUUUCUCGGACUCUGAUCGCACAAGGAAAUGUCGAGAUGUGAUGGCUUGGGUUUAGCUCGAGGAUAGGGCGAUCAGAGGAUUAGUACGGAAGGAUGCCACACGUUGACAAAGUCUGGAACUCUAGGACACGGCUGGCCCUUGUGACUGGUGACGUAGCCGAUCGCUGGUUGUUUCGAAGAAGACAGAAAAGAUGCCCUUUAACCUCUUUAAGUCACUGCAGUAAACACAGACAACACGCCUGACUAUUUCAGCUGUUACAUUGAGGACCUUAAAGACGCUGACAUCCACCGAAACAAUGAAUAUUCUUUCUGCUAUAAUCGUGUUUGAGAACCUCUAUGAGGUCAAGAGGCUGUUCCACUGGGGUCCGAUCAUCGCUCUGACCGUCAUCAGCGUGUGCUCCUCCAUGGCCAUACUGGACUCCAUCCUCUGGUACUGGCCACUGGACACCACAGGAGGCAGCAUCAACUUCAUCAUGCUCAUUAACUGGACUGUCCUCAUUCUUUACAACUACUUUAAUGCCAUGUUUGUAGGCCCUGGUUACAUUCCUCUGGGGUGGAAACCGGAGAAUCAACAAGAUAUAAUGUACUUACAGUUCUGUAGAUUGUGCCAAGGCUAUAAAGCCCCAAGGGCACAUCACUGUCGCAAAUGUAACAGGUGUGUGAUGAAGAUGGAUCAUCAUUGUCCCUGGAUCAACAACUGCUGUGGUCACUCGAACCAUGCGUACUUCACCAGCUUCCUUCUGCUUGCUCCACUGGGCUGCAUACAUGCUGCGCUAAUAUUUAUCAUGACCAUGUACACUCAGCUUUAUGAUCGGAUCUCAUUUGGUUGGAGCACUGUAAAGAUUGACAUGAGCGCUGCUCGGCACAUCCACCAUCCCAUCAUGCCUUUCAGCAUCGCAGCAUUUGCAGCCACUCUCUUUGCACUGGGACUGGCACUGGGUACCACUAUUGCUGUUGGGAUGUUAUUUUUUAUUCAGAUGAAGGUGAUUCUUCGAAACAAAACCUCAAUAGAAGCAUGGAUUGAGGAGAAAGCCAAAGACAGAAUCCAGUACUACCAAACAGGUGAAGACUUCAUCUUCCCCUAUGACUUGGGCACCAGAUGGAAGAACUUCAAGCAGGUGUUCACGUGGUCCGGCGCCCCCUUAGGAGAUGGAAUCGAAUGGCCUGUGCAUGAGAAGUGUAACCAGUAUACUCUAACCAUUGAGCAGCUGAAACAAAAACAUGAUAAACGUCAGAGGAGUGUGGAGUACAGAGUGGUGGAGGACUACAAUGGUGCUUGUUGUCCUUUGGGAAAGGGACUGAACACUUUCUUUAGGACACCUUGUACUGAGGAACCCAGGAUCAAACUCACAAAGGGGGAGACCAUCUUUGCCACUAGAGGAACAAAAUGGUGGAUGUAUGGAGACAAAGUGUUGAAUGAGGAACAGGCAAAAGCUGGAGUUCGAAUUAGAGGAUGGUUUCCACGCAGAUGUGUUGAGAAGUGUCACUAUGACUCGGCGAAUAAUUCGACAAGUGAAGAAAAGAAAGAACAAUGAUACAGAAUUCUAUAUUUCACAGCUCGCUUUGAACAGAGGACCUAAUAUUAGGGAACCCUGAGCCCUGCUGAGAUGCAAAUUUCUUUCUUAUUCUUUUGUAAAGCUGUUCAAUGGCACCAGCGCUAAGUGUUGAGGCAAACUGAUACUGACAGACACCCCAAAGUUAUUCACUUGCGUAACUCAAUAAUAUUUCAUUUCCAAAGAACAGCUGCCAGAGAAAAUGGCAAAUGAGAAAGAAAUAGGGGUUUUAUUAAAAGGGGAUUGGGGCAUAUGGCAGUAUAUUCUCUAAAGGGGGUUAUUAAGAUGUUUACUUAUUUCUUCUUCUUGUUUUCUCUUUCUAUUACUUGCUUGCUCUCUCGUUCGUCAGUGCCCACACUGAUUAUGCAAAGCCUUUUUUCCAACUGUAACAAGGUCUUUGUCAUGCAAAUUGUCUGAAAUUGUUUAUAUAAUGGAAACAACAAUUUUAUUUUAUUUUUGAUGGCUUACUUUUUUGUAAAACUGAUGUCAACCUCGCUGAAGUUUUCAGAGACAAAAAAAAACAACAACCGUGAUCUGUAUAGUAAUUUCGUAAUUUUAUUUUCUUCUUUUUUUCUUUUUUUUUUUAAUGGAAAGCAACCACAAAAUUAGUUUCUACUCAACAAAGCACCUGUAUGUAAAUACAAUUGUUUAUUUAAUUGAUGUAGUGAAAUUGACAUGUUAAUGUUUUCACAUUUUCUUCCUUGGAAAAAAAAUAAAUUAACAUUCUUUGGUA